AUUUUCAAGUGUUUAUCAAUAACCAAAACAAGUUUUUGAACCAAACAAGUGAAAAGUAACUUUUAAUCCUUUAUACAGCAAAAAAUGAUUUGAAAUAUUCGUUUAAUUCAAAUAUAUCUUAGAUUACACAUCUCUACUUCGCCUUAGAUAUGUAUAUUACUCAUACACAAAUCAUGCUGAAGAGCAAAUUCUCUUUUCCAACUCUGAGAAGUAUCAUCAUUGAAGAAUUUUGAUUUAAUAAUAUUUUUUAAAUCUUAGUAGUCGAUAUGUUCAAAUAUUCUCAGUAUGGGGAGAAACGCGGAGAAGUGUGUCAAUGGCCAACUCAUAUGCGUCUCUCACGAAUUGUUUUAAUGGUGUUAGUUAUUUUAAUUCUUACCCCAUUAUUUACACAUUUUUAUUUGUCAAAUAUAGAAAGAAAUAUUGGUACGAUUACUCAUAAUGCACAUUCACACUUAGACUUACCAGAUGAGUUAAUUGAAAUGAAUGAUUCUGAUUUAAAAGUUAACAUAGAAGAAUUAUUAAGAAUUAAAGGCUCAGUUUUGAGUGAACUAAGAGAUAUGGAAUCCAAAAGGCAAAAGCUAUUGGCAGAAAUACAGACUUAUAUGAAAUCCAUUGAGGAAUUAAAACAAGAAUUAGCACACCAACAAACAAAUCUUAAUAAACUUAAAAUUUCUGUAGAGCAAGCUCAAGUUGCACAAAGAGAAGCAUUAGAACAAAAUACUCCUGACCUAGCUUUACCUGUAAGAUUAUUACCUGAUAAUGUAAUGGAAGAAUUGAAGUUUCCAUUAACUACCAUAUCACAAAAGUGUAGGAUGUUCUCUUGUUUUGAUCAUUCUCGUUGCUCUUUAACUUCAGGUUUUCCUGUAUAUUUGUAUGAACCUGAUGAGUUAAGAAUACUGCAGAAGGGUUGGGAUGUAGAUGGAUUUUUGAAAACAACAUUAAAACAAGCUCUUGGCUAUAACCCCCAUCUCACAAAUGAUCCUAAAGAAGCUUGUGUUUAUUUAGUCCUUAUUGGUGAAGCUUUGAAAAAUAGUGAAAGCAUUAAUUCGAAUGCCAGUAAUGAUGUUCCGUUAAUUGAUUCCAAGGCUUUGAGGAAGUUGAAAUAUUGGGGGGGUGAUGGAAGAAAUCACAUUCUUUUGAAUUUAUCCCGUAGAGAUUUGACUGUGCAAGCAGGAAAUAUUUUCGAAUCUGUAGAUACAGGGCGAGCUAUUAUAGUCCAGUCAACCUUCUCUUAUGUGAAUUUUCGACCUGGCUUUGACUUGAUCGUUACUCCCGUGUUGGGACCACCUGGUGGUGAUGUUUGGCAGGAAUGCAGUUCAAUGCUCCCGGCGAGAAGAAAAUACUUAUUAACUUUUCAAGGAGAAAUGAAAUCCAGUUCAAAAAAAAAUUUUGAACGUUCUGAACUGGAUACCUUUGUGAUAGAACAUUUGAAAAGAUUAUUAAACACUGGCACUUCUGACAAGUUCUUGUUUGAAUUUGGCUGUAGCCUGGCUAAUGACGAUAACAGUAAUGUAGGACCCGAGGAUUGGGCUUUAUGUGGUACUGACGGCUCUAGGAAGGCGAUCUUAAAAGAAUCCACUUUUGUACUGAUAUUCGCUCCCAGCACCGAACUGGUUUCUACAAGCUUAUUACAGGCAAGACUCUAUGAGGCACUGAGGUCUGGCGCCAUUCCCGUUAUAUUAGGUGGUGAUCAGAUUCGUCUAGCUUAUGAUGAGGUAGUUCAAUGGCGUAGAGCGGCAAUUUUCUUGCCCAAAGCUAGAAUAACGGAACUUCACUUCUUGUUGAGGACCAUACCUGACGAGGAUGUUCUGUUGAUGAGACGGCAAUGCAGGUUGAUCUGGGAAAAGUAUUUAGCUUCAGUCCAGAGUACGCUAGAUACUAUUGUUGCAGUAUUGAGGGAUAGGCUUAAUAUUCCACCUUUACCAGUUGAUACUGUUUCCGCAACAUCUGUGUUUAAUGAAACUUUUCAGCCACUCUUUAUAAGUACUGCUGUUGAAGGAGAGCAAGAAGAGAGUUUAGGUCCGAUAGAACCACCAUUUGAUAGUCUAUCCUAUAGAAGAAAUUAUAGUUUGAUUUUGACUCAAGGUCAUGAGCUUUGGAAUGAUUGGGGUGAUCCUUUUCGACUUUAUCCUGCUCUGCCUACCGAUCCUUGGCUGCCAUCUGAUGCAAAAUUCUUAGGAUCCGGAAGAGGAUUCAGACCUAUCGGACAAGGACAAGGGGGUGCGGGAAAGGAAUUUUCGGAAUCCUUAGGUGGCAACCAGCCUAGGGAGCAAUUCACUGUUCUCCUCUUGACCUACGAAAGGGAGCAAGUUCUCCUCGAUUCAAUAGCACGUCUCAGAGGUCUUCCCUACCUACACUCUGUAGUGGUUGUGUGGAACUCUCCAAAACCACCUAGUGCCGAGCUCAAAUGGCCAGAUAUUGGGGCGCCUGUGCACGUGGUUAACGCUGCCAGAAAUUCGUUGAACAACAGGUUUCUACCGUUGGACAACUUGAAAACUGAAGCUAUAUUGUCAGUAGAUGACGAUGCACAUCUGAGGCACGAUGAGAUACUUUUCGGCUUCAGGGUUUGGAGGGAACAUAGACACAGGAUAGUCGGAUUUCCUGGAAGGUACCACGCUUGGGACAUAAACACACAGAACAGUUGGUUGUAUAACUCGAACUACAGUUGUGAACUGAGUAUGGUCCUGACAGGGGCAGCUUUUUUGCACAGACAUUACCUUCAUUUAUACUGGAAAUGGCUGCCUCAAGCCAUUAGGGACAAAGUUGAUGAAUACAUGAACUGUGAAGACAUAGCCAUGAACUUCUUGGUUAGUCACAUUACAAGGCAGCCUCCUGUUAAAGUGACUUCUAGGUGGACAUUCAGAUGUCCUGGAUGUCCACAGAGCUUGUCUGAAGAUGACACCCAUUUUCAAGAGAGGCAUAAGUGCAUCAAUUUCUUUUCUCAGGUUUUUGGAUACACUCCUUUAUUAAACACGCAAUACAGAGCAGAUUCGAUUCUAUUCAAGACUCGGAUACCCCAUGACAAACAAAAAUGUUUUAAAUUUAUAUGAAAAGAUGAAUAGCAACCUACAAUAAACAAUUUUUAGGUAAAAGGCUAUUAUGAUCUCUUAAUGUUGAAACCGUGGGUACUUUAUAAUUUAUUUCUUCUAUGAAAUCUACGGAGUUGUACAAAAAUAUAAAUAGUGUAGUUACCUAAUUUAAUUAUAAUAUAAGUCCGAAAUUUGUUUAUAUAAUUUCACAACAAAAACACGUGACUUGCUUUUUCAAGUGGGAUUAUCAUUUGAAAAAAACUAUUUAUGUAAUUCUUAAUAACUCUAUUUUUUGUAGAGAAACAAGUAUCUUGGUUCCAUAUUUUGUCUAACUCUGUAAACAUAGGGGAGUAUCUGCUCAAUAAGACAUGUAGUAAAAUUAUAUUUUCUUAUCAUAAUUAUUAUUGAUUGAAUAAGAAAUGUUUCAUGCUAAGACUAUUUUACAUUUAUAUUUUAAUUUGUUGUGUAUAUUCAUGUAUUUAAUUACCCGUUAUACAAAGUUUGAUUGUGAUUAUUUUAUCUUAAAUAUUUUUAUUAUGUGCCAUCAUGAGAAACUAUAAUUUAUUGAGAGUAAUUUUAGGAAAUAUGUCCCUUUUUAAAUCUUGAUUUGAUGUAUUUUAAUUGUAUGUAAAAAUUCGGAUAAUAAAACGAUGAUUUUAUAAUUUUA